AUGGCAGAAAGCACUGUUCAUCCAAUGGUAGCUCCACAAAUGGAGCGAAUGAUUUGGCACUCGCUUGACAAUUACCUGUUCAGAAACGCGACUUUCUUAGCUGAGAGGCUAUACGCAUUUGACAAAGAAAAUGAAAACGCGCUAUAUCUGUUAGCCACUUGUCAUUAUCGUAGUGGAAACCGAAAAAAUGCUUACAAGCUACUGGAAGGGUUACGUUCACCAAAAUGUGUUUAUCUUUUCGCAAAAUGUUGUCUAGAAUUAGAUAAAGCUGAAGUGGGCAGAGAGAAAUUAUUAUUGAUACUGCCUGAAGUUGAAGGUCACAAUAGUUUGGAUAUCCCGGGUGAUCCUUUCAGAUGUGACAAACCAGACGAAUCAGUCGUCUUAUGUUUGUUAGGGGCUUUAUGCAGAAAGACAAGGAACAUUGAUGAAGCCGCGCAAUACUAUAUGGCUUGUUUAAAAAAGAAUCCAUUUAUGUGGGAAGCCUUUGAGGCGCUUUGUCAAUUAGGGAAAUCAUCUCAAAUUGAUUUACAAGAAAUAUUUCAACCACCCAAUGAUAAAUCAACACCAAGAAUUCCUUGUACAGAUAUACUACGUCCACAAUUCAUAACAUCAAAAGCACUUUCAAGACCGGAACGAGGGAAUCAUGCAGCGAUUCCAAGGCGAAGUUCAAGGAUUUCAUCAAAUAAGUCACCGACAGCAAUUCAAUCACAAUUAACAGAUACCAGGGAAAAGAAACGAACACGUAUCAUGAACGAAGAGAAAACUGCUAAUAAUACUAAUGUGAUAUCGAUUGAUGACGAAAACAAAAGAUCAAGAGCAAACAUUCACUCAAAUAAACAUGCGACGGAUUUCGAGAAUGAAGGUAAAGGAAUAGAAGACACGAAAGAAGACCAACAUAUUAAAUUUAAUAAUACCUCAGAUGAUGAUCGUAGAGUAGCACGAAUUGAAAUAUUGGACUUGUUAAAAAAAUGUGCGCGAGGUCUUUCGUAUAUCAGUGAGUUUGAGUGUCACAAAGCAAUAACCGCUUUCGCAGAACUACCUAAAGUUCAAUAUGAAACGUCGUGGGUUUAUGCUCAACUUGGCAAAGCUCACUUUGAACUGGUCGAUUAUCCAAGAGCUGAACAUUGUUUUCAAUGGGUACGAAAUCUUGAGCCUUUUCGAAUGGAAGAUAUGGAAAUAUAUUCUACAGCACUUUGGCACAUGCGCAAAGAUGUCGCUCUGAGCGCUCUAGCACACGAACUUGUAGAGUAUGAUCGUCGGUCACCACAGGCAUGGUGUGCAGUCGGCAAUUGUUUUAGUCGUCAGCAAGAACAGGAUAUGGCGUUAAAAUGUUUUCAACGUGCAAUACAAUUGGAUCCAUCGUUCACAUAUGCACAUACUUUGUCGGGUCAUGAGUGUAUGGCGAAUGGAAAUUUCGAAAAAGCACAAGAACAUUUUCGGAAUGCCAUUAACACAAAUCGACGUCAUUAUAAUGCUUGGUAUGGAUUAGCCAAUUACUAUGCAACUUGCGGUAAAAAGCAAUCUGCUGAGCGUCAUUAUCGAGCAGCCCUGGACAUUAAUCCUAAUCAUGCAGUUCUUAUAUGUUGUCUGGGAAAAGUAUUAGAAAAAAUGAAUAGAUUUCCAGAAGCCCGCGCUCUGUAUGAUCGUGCAUGUGAAGUAACACCUAAUACACCCCUUGCUAAAUUCAAAAAAGCCAAAUCAUUAUUCCGAGAGCACGAGUAUCAGGCGGCUAUUAAGGAACUAGAUGCACUCAAAACCACAGUUCCCAAAGAGCCUAAAGUCUAUUUCCUACUAGGGAAAAUCUACAAAGCACUCGGUGACCGGUAUAAUUCCACGCAAAACUUUACGCACGCAUUGCAGCUAGACAACAAAAUGGCACAUGUUAUAAAGAGUGCGAUGGAGAAACUCGAUCCUGAUUUAAGUAAUGAUUCAAGUAUGGCGUUGUCAAAUACUUGA